GGUCAUGGAAUUCACACCUAUUAACCUGCUUUCAAAAGAAAACAUUUUCUUAUAUUUGCUAAAGAACCAGGUUUUGCCCCAGGCUUUGACUGAAGUCAGGGCUCUCAGUGGGAGAAAUCAGGUAAGUCAUGGGCUCCUGCUCCAUCCUGUGUGUUCUGUUGUGAUGACUUGGUCAGGCCCUUAUUCCCACGUUGAAACACAGUGAGCCCGCGCUGUCCCCGUCACAGGAGCCUGAGCCUGGGGGGGCACAGAGCACACCUCCCGUGGGCUUUUCCUGUGUGUUUACAUUAUGCACAAAUGAGUAGGGGUGGGGACGCUGAAGGAAAGCCCUGAUACCAAACUCUUGCCAGAGGCCUGAGUGUAGUUUUCUCAUAUUUAUUAGUGGGGGACCUUUAAUUCUUUCCUGUGUAUUUAUGAGCCUGAGCAUUUAUGGGGAAGGGCGAAAGGAACAUGGAAUUCUUCCCCUCCAAUUUCUGGGAGGGAUACUGGCAGAAUUUCACAGAGUUUCUUUCCCCUCUCAGGAAGAUGACAUGAAAGGAUGUGAGCGGGUGGAAAAGAAGCAGCUGUUGGCCUCAGAGGAGAAGGUGAAACUGGCUGAAGAGGAAACACGGCAGUACAAGAGAAGACUUGAAGAAUGUCACUGGCAAAUGCGGGAAGCAGAGAUCACUUGGAGACACCAGGUUGCUCUUGCUGAGAAGAAGGCCCAAGACAACUGGCUCAGGGCUCAGGAGCUGGAGAGGGAAAAUGCUGAGUUGAGAAGGGAGAAUGCCCACCUGAAACAAAGAUUCAGGACCUAGUGUAGCUCCGGUGCAGAACGGCAACUCCUGCCCUCCUGAGGCGGCCACAGAGGCCCAGGUUACUUUUGAUGCAAGAGGGCCCCAUCCUUUCCCUGGGCCACCUCCACC